GCUGAGCGCGCCGCCGUACAGACGCGAAGCCUUGGACCAGCCCCACACGGUUUGGGGAGCGCAGAAACAGAAAAUCAAUUACUGUAUAGACGGUGACUCUCGUAUGUAGCACACGAGCUCAGCAAUCAAUUUCAGCAGGCUUCACCCACCCCCUCUCAUUUAGAUGUUGGCUGAAAAACGCCUAUUUCGGCAUUUUGCCAGGCGUUUGCCUGUAACUACGCGAAAAGGGUGGCUGAAUGGAGUUAAAACUCGCCGCACCAACACUCACUUGUUUACAAUAAAAGUCAGUGCUGGACUCCUGGAAUAACUCGCACGGCUGUUCUCGUCCCAGCACUCAGGCAGCCCUUGGUGGCUGACUUGGCGGCUGCCCCGCCCGGACCGUCCGCUCGCUCGCUGCUCUUUUCCAAGGCAGACGAUGCCGUCCCACAACACGCAACACCGCAGCAGAGGAAGUUUUCCUGCAUGUGCGUGUUUCUACGAGAAGCCGUUGAUCCGUGCGUGGAAAAUGAGACCUGCUGAGGUGGGUGGCGGUGUGCCCGUUGCAGGCGGGAAAGCCAACCAACAACCAGCUAAGAAACAACAACCAGCUGAGGAACAACAACCAGCUCAGCAACGACAACCAGCACAGCAACAACAACCAGCUCAGCAACGACAACCAGCACAGCAACAACAACCAGCUCAGGCACAACCAAGGCCACAACAACCAGCUCAGCCACAACGACGAGCUCAGCAACAACAACGAGCUCAGCAACAACAACGAGCUCAGCAACAACAACGAGCUCAGCCACAACAACGAGCUCAGCAACAACAACGAGCUCAGCAACAACAACCAGCUCAGCCACAACAACGAGCUCAGCAACAACAACCAGCUCAGCAACAACAACCAGCUCAGCCACAGCAACCUGCUCAGGAGCAACCAGCUGAGGAACAACCAGAUGGCCCGGAUCUGAGAGUGAACGACAUGCUAGACGAUCUUCUUCUUCAACUCUUCCGGAUAAAGCAUGCACACACUCUCAGAAAAUUCGUUGCCGCCAUUUGCGAGAAGUGGCAGAUUGUAUCGCAUAGAGGCGAUGCCUGGAGAGCCAUUACAAGUAUCGUGCAGUUCCUCUCACUCUUGCCGCCCGAAGACGCUCCAGUCGUUGAUUACCUGUAUAUCAGUCUUUUCCUCUGGCCCACUGAACGACGAGUCAUCCCCAAUCAGCAAAUUGUCCGUGACUAUUUUAAACUACUCAAGCAUAAAACUCUCCCCAUGGUUGAAGACAAUAAGCCACGAUCCCUACGCGAAAGGUACCUAGAAUCGAUUUGGCGCAGGCGACACCACCUAAAACGGGUGGCCAUGGUAUUGGACAAUACGACAAAAACUGACAUGGGUAUGAGCUCUUUGUAUGUGCUAUCUCACAUGUUCUACCUUGAGGAGAUAAUUAUCUACGUGGAUAGUGACUUUGUUUACAGAAGGGACCAACUGCCGCUAGCUUUUUCUCAUCUAAGAAGGGUCGAGGUUGUCGAGGUAGAAGUAAGUUGCAGGCAGCAUGAUUUAAUAAAAGAUCUGCUGGUAGAGCGCCUUGAGAGUGCUAAAUUCCGUCCAGGUUUCCCGCUUCGACUCGACCUGCUCACGGCACUAGUGGGGUGCCAGAAACUGACUGACCUGGACGUUCACUGGGACUACACCCCGGUCUAUCGCACUCUGCCUGCCCUGAAGAGCGUUUACGUUCAUGUUCCCCUGGACACUCCAAGUAUGUUAGAUGAAAUUGAGCGGGCCUUUGUCUCAGCGUACACGCCAACCUUAGAUUACUUGCAUGUAAUAAUUACGUGUAAGUUCUGGUCGAAAUACUAUGACACCAUAAUGAAAAACUGCCGGAGUGGGGUGAGGGCCGUGGAAGAUCUGGGAUUCAAAGGAAGGCUUUCAUGGGUUCUUCGGCAGGAGUUUUGAAUUGAUCCGUCUGCAGAGACUAUUUAAAGGAGAUGAUUUUAUUCAGCUGGGCUCUUGGUUAUUGGCAAAGUUUCGAUUGUAAAUUUACGAAAAUUUUUCAUUACAAUCGAAGAAUUCUGGUGACUUCGUUAUACCUGUAUACCUUACAACCUCUUGUUUCGAUUUUUUGAAUAGCAUUUGACUGAUUUACUGUCAGAGGUUUAAGGAAUUUUUAUCAUAAAUCCGUAUUGACAUGCGUGAAUUUGUGUUGACGGACAUUGGGCUGAAUAGAUUUAAUUCUUAUGAGGCGUUAUGUCUUAUUAUAGAUUAUGUGUAUCACUAAUAUACAAUAUACAGACUAUGUCCUUAGCUCGGAUGACGCAUCUGGGCAUUAUUGCCAGACGUUGCUAAACAUAACUGCUUGUGUUCAAUCCAUAAAUGGCAUAAAAAAUAAGCACUCAAGGGCAUAAACAGACUUUGACAGCCUUUCAACCCUCGCUUGGGGAAUCAAUAUGUGUGUAGUGCACUUAUUCAUGCCUAUGGAAUUCUGGACGUUCUUUGUUGUUAAUUCUUUCUUUUUCAUUCUGGGUUUGCAUAGAGGAAAACAAAAAUAGCGUAACUUAUUUCUUGCGUGACUUCUGUGUUUAGCUCUGUGCCAGCACUGUUGCAGCGGCAGCGAAUCAAUUUAAUCAUAACAGUUAAAAAACCAAAGUAAGAGGACUUGUUUGGGAGAAUGCCUUGGUACCGUAGGCCGGGGUAAUGAGACAAUUUCGGGGUAAUAUGAGACGCAUGAUUGUUAUCGUUAAAACUAUAAUGCUUGUGGCUUGAUGACUUUUCCCUGUCAGACUUCACGGUGAAAAAUGUUACCAACACAGAGUAAUUAAUUUUUUAGAGCAGUGGCUCUCUUUGUGGCCGAAUAGCGAGCUCAGAGUAAAUCUUACGCAAACCAAACUCCGUCUCAUACUACCCCAAAAUUGUCUCAUAUUACCCCGGCUUACGGUAGCAUUAAAGACCACAAUGUGUCCUGUUUUUUUAUUUAUUUUAUUCUUGUAUGUGUGUUUUAAGUGAUGUUUAUUGUUUAUUCACAUGUGUAUAUUUUUUUAUUAUUCUGACAUGUCAAUGAAACAAAGUGUCUCUGUAAUCACAUCUACAUAGAAUAAACAACCCCCCCAAAAAACUAU